UCGAUGAGCGGGGGCGCAGCUGCAGCGGAGCGGCCGACGCCAGGUGGGCGCCCACUGCCUCCGCUGCCCGCCCUCUUCCUGGGCUCCCCGCUCCUCCCCGCAGCUUCCCCGAGACCUCCUCGGAGGCUCAGGUGGUGAGGACUCACUCUGCUGGGAAGUAGAAGGGCACCUUCUAGAGUAAAAACAAAAUGCCUCCCAAGUUCAAGCGCCACCUGAAUGAUGAUGAUGUCACUGGUUCUGUGAAAAGUGAAAGGAGAAAUCUUUUGGAAGAUGAUUCAGAUGAAGAGGAAGACUUUUUUCUAAGGGGACCGACUGGACCGAGAUUCGGACCUAGAAAUGAUAAAAUUAAGCAUGUUCAGAAUCAGGUGGACGAAGUCAUUGAUGUCAUGCAAGAAAACAUCACAAAGGUGAUUGAAAGAGGGGAGAGACUAGAUGAGCUGCAGGACAAAUCAGAAAGCUUAUCGGAUAACGCAACUGCUUUUAGCAACAGAUCCAAACAGCUUCGCCGGCAGAUGUGGUGGCGCGGGUGCAAAAUAAAAGCCAUCAUGGCUUUGGUUGCUGUUAUCCUUCUGUUGGUGAUCAUCAUUCUCACAGUGGUGAAGUACCGCACUUGACUCGAUGAUGGAGAGCUUCGGUAGACAGAAUCGGGACAAUAAUAGUAAUAAUACAGGAUUGCUGCAUAAUUUAAAUGAAACCCAUGUAUAUAACUUUCAAAACUUCUUUUUCAAGAAACUAAGAGGCAAGUACCACUUCCACCUGGAGCAUCGAGAAUGUCCAUUGUCUUCUUCCCCUCUAGCAAAACGUGCUUUUAGUAAUUAUGUUCAAGGCCAAGAGCCCGCCUCUGUCCUGCCAUGUUCCAGGGACCUCACUUGAAGCCACGCGCAGCUCCAUUUGUGUCUAGUGAAACAGACAGCGCCAGUCCCUGCCGCUUUAACGGCAGAAGGCUCGCAUUCCUGCACCGGGGCGGGGUCAGCAGCCUCUGUGGCCUUUCCCCCUGACUCCCAGAUGCUCCUCACAUUACCGCUCUCCACGUGUUUGUGGGUGUAACAGAAGCUAAGUGUUGUGACCGCUGCUGCCUCCAGCUGUAACUAAAAACAUUCCAGUAAAUCUAUUUUUUGACUAUCAAGGAAUGUGUAGUAAUUUCUUGACAUCUGAAUUAUGGAGAUGGGAAUUUUAAACAGUGUGAAAGCAUAGUAGUGUGGCACCAUAACACUGGAGAUAAUAAGAUUAUUGGAGAACGUCAUUGUAGUUUUGCAAGUGUCCACCAUCUGCCACAAGCCAUGGUCCAGUCUCCCUGGGUCGGCCUCCAUAAGGGGGACCAGUCCUAACAGGAGUGAGGAAAAUCCGCAGGAACUCACCCCUGGCUUGAUUCUCCCUGAUGGCCCCCCUCUUGAACUUCCACCAACCCUUAUUUAUCCAGACAUGCUAAAGGGAGCAGAGUUGUAUGCUUAGAAUUUGCUGUUUUUGCACCUGAUCAUCCUCUGGGAGAUGCAUUUUGAACAGUCAGGUGUCCAAUUAGCCAACAGUAAUGAAUAUAAAGUCAGGAGCCUGGGCAAUCAAAUGCGGGUCGCCACCAAUCUGUUUUCAGAACAAGAAAACACUUUAACGUUAUUAAAACAUACCAACUUCCUUGUGUUUAAACAGGUCAGAGCAAAAAUCAAUCCUCGACUAUGUUGAGGAAGCUUUAUAAUGAAGUUGGAGGUUCUGCAGAAGCUUGUGCGCUGGACAUCUUGACAUAAAUAUCGCUCUCCAUCUGAAAUAGGGUUAAUAGAAAAUACUGGUAUUUAUAGUGGGGGAUGAUCCUCUGUAGGUUUUAUUUGUUUUGGUCAUUUUAAUUCAAAAUGUAUGAAACAAUCUUUUCUUUAAAAAGUCUGCAGGAUUAGCACUAAGAAAGCAAAAAUGUUCUGUUGAGAAUGGAAAGAAAUUUGAAGGGAGGAAGCAGAUCGAGAGAGACUCAGACACCUGCAAGUUAUGAAAAUGUAAAUGUAAUUGCUCAGUUUUACAGCUCACUCGGAGCAUUUAAAGAGAGGAAAGUCUUACAUAUGCAGAGUGCGGUUGCUGGUCUCCACUCUUGGUGAAUGUCAGUUAACGUAAGUAAGGUAGUAAAUACUAAAUCUUUUGACAAAAUGGAUACCCAGGAAAUUGAGGGUUUUUAGAAUUUCCGUUAGUGGAUAUAGUUCAGUAGUAGGAAUGUUUAACUGAAUGGGCAGAAUCAGUCCUGACGUGUUGUGUGUCCUUUUUCGGGGAUUGGAACUAGACUCACCGGUGGUUAAUUUUCCACUAGUUGGUGUAGAAUUCUGGUUUCUCCGUACCUGUCAGUGAAGAUGGAGAUUAUUUCUCAAAAGAAUCCUUAUUUCCAGUGUUUCUUUUAA